AUGGGCAUGAGCUACCGCCGCUACCUCGCCGGAGCGCGCAUCUACGGGUGCUCGAACUGCAAGACCCACUUGGCUACCAUCCACUCGAUGAUAUCGCGAGCAUUCAACGGUCAGCACGGCCGAGCAUACCUCUUUGACGUCGUCGUAAAUGUCAUCGAGGGCGAGCCCAACGACCGGCAAAUGACAACGGGUAACCACACUGUCAGGGACAUCUACUGCUGCAAAUGCGGCGUCACUCUGGGAUGGAAAUAUGAUCGCGCGUACGAGCCCUCGCAGAAAUACAAGGAGGGCAAGUACAUUCUCGAGCGCAACCUCCUGGUCGACGUGCAGUGA